CAAUAACGUUCAGUCCCUGGUUCUUAACAAUCAAGCAACAUGAGUGCUCCCACUGCUCCUAAGUUUGAGCCACCCAACAUCACUUACGUUUGGAAUAAGAGAAAAAUUUACACGGAUGCUAUCAAGAAAUUGAAUAAAGCCGAAGCGAUUUUUGUUGCACCGAUAAAUUAUGUCGAUAAAAUGGAUGCGACCAAAACGAUUCCAAGCUUAAUUUAUAUGUGCACCUGGGAUAAUGUGUUCAUUUUCGAUCUUAUUGCGUUCAAAGAAAAGGCGAUUACGAAGGAGUUGGAAGAUAUUCUCAAAUCGAACAAAAUGAAAUUCAUUUUGUCCAAACGCAUCACCUUCAACUUCUUAGGGUUUGAUAAUUGGGACCAAAUUCCUAAUGUUUUUGACAUUGCAUCUCCUGGGGACCACUUUUCGUCUUUUGAUGGUGCUAAUAAAGAAGACAAAGAAAGCGAAGCCAGCGGGACCACCCCAAACAAGGAAUUUCGUCUCUGUGCUGUUGAUUGGAGCGCACGCCCUUUUACAGCGGAGGAACAUUUCAAAGCUGGACGCCGCAUCUAUGAAUUAAUGAUGAUGUUUACUGAAUAUAAGUUAUAA